GUAGGCAGGUUCGUGCUCGCCUCAACUCGUACUCCGAUCGCGUGACCUUCAACUUGGUCCUCCUGCCGAUCUGGGACUCCACCAUGCUCGACAGCUUUGCGAACCACCUCGCCCAGCUCAUCGCGUUCCUCCUGUUCGUGCUUUCGAUCAACCUACUGGUGAAGACCCGGGCGGUCAUGGCGGCGGCGAUGAACCUGGACGCGGCGGCCUUCCCCCUGGUCGUCGGCAUCGCGAUGCGCGUCGGCCGGCUCCUGAUCCUCGGCGCGGCCAUGGAGUUGCUGACCCUUGGGCUGCGACGGCGGCGGUGCCCGAGAAACCUCGGACCCGUGGCCCCCCUUUGGUUCCAUCGUUCCCUGUGCUUUGUGCUGGAGGUGUUCGCCCCGAACCUGUCCAUGACGAAGCUGUUCGCGAAGCGCCUCUCCAUGCUGUGGCUCGUGCGGAUCUUCUUCGCGCUUCGGAGGCGCGUGCUGAUCUUCCUGUAUGCGCUGAUUAUGUACGUGUUGCUGAAGCUGAUCUACCUGCACGUGCAGAUCUUGAUAUCGAUCUUCCCGUGCGUGCGGAUCCUGGUAUCGAUCCCCAUGCUCGUGCUGAUCUUUUUGCACGUGCUGAUCCUGUGCGUGCUGAUCUUCCUGUACGCGCAGGCCUUCAUGUACAUGCAGAUCCUGCUCGUCCUGAUCCUGAACGUGCUGAUCACGAACGUGCUGAUCUUCCUGUACAUGCUGAUCCCAUUCGUGCUGGUCCUCAUGUACGCGCUGAUCUUCUGCUUCAGGAGCUGGGCGGAGUGCCUGGUGGUCACAUUCAGCUUCCUGAUUGCCGAGCGCUUCCUUAUGGACGUGAGCUUCCUGAUGGUGGUGGCGCUCAUGAUGGUCGCGAACUUCCUGAUGUACGUGAUGCUCCAGCUGUUCAUGAUGACCUGUGGCAUUGGCCUACUGGUGUUCCCGCUUUGUGGGUACCCUUGGAACGCGUAUUGGACGCUCUUCUGUGGUUUGGCGGUUCGGAGCAUCGCAAGGAGCUUGGGCUCCUCGUGCCCCCUGAUGGUCGUGAGCUUCCUGAUUGUUGUGUGCUUCCUGAUAUUCGUGUGCCUCCUGACGGUCGUGAGCUUCCUGAGGGUCCUGAACUUCCUGAGUUUCUUGAUGGUCGUGUGCGUCCUGACGGUCGUGAGCUUCAUGAUGCUCGUGAGCUUCCUGAUGGUCGUGUGCAUCGCGAUUCUGGUCGUGCGCUUCCUGAGGGUCGUGAGCUUCCUCAUGAGCAGGAGUUCCAUCCUGGUGCUGAUCGAACUGUUCAAGUUGGUAAUGAGAUUCCUGCUUGUCGUGAGCCUUCUGACGGCCAGGCUCUUCCAGAUGGCCGGGUGCUUCCUGGUGAUCGUGAGCUCCUUGAUGGCCGUGAGCUUUCAGGUGGUCGUGA